AUGGCAGAUAGACACGCUCGUAACCCUCACCGUGGGGGCGCGAGAGACUACAGCGACAGAGACAGACACGGCAGAGACAACCGCGAGCGAGACCGAGAUCACGACCGUAGCCGUGGUCGGGGAGGAGGCAGGGGUGGCCGAGACGAUCGAGAUAGAGACAGCCGACGAUACAGGUCCCGAUCCAGAGAUAGGCAUGGUCGUGACCAUGACCGUAACCGCAGGCGCUCGCGCUCCCCGGUUCGCGACAGAGAUGGGCACGAUCGACGCGACGACUGGGCUAGAGACGGAGGUAGAGGAGGCCGGCGUGGCGGUCCUAAAGACUCUCGCCGUGAUCGAGAUGACGUCGUCAAGGAUGGUAUGAGCAAACCAGACAGAGACAGAAAGAUCCGCCGCUCAGCCUCACCGCUCCGAGAGCCAGAACCACACAUGAAAUCUCCACGGAGUCCCAUACAAGCAGCAGCGCACGACGAUCACCGUCUUUCGAUAAGGUCGAAAUCUGAGAACGUCCCAGCUGCUACGACACCAGCACCGGCACCCGUGUCGUUCAAGGUCACGGGACACGACCAACGCCGACCCGACAGCACACAUGUGGAGGACCAGCAGCAGCAUCAGGCGUCCCGGGAGCGGACAGAAGAGCACGAAGAGGAGCAUAUUUCGAGGGGAAGGUUUGAUGCAGAUCCUAUGGACGAGGACGAGGAAGAAGACGUGAUUGUUGAGGACGAUGGCCUUGGAGACAUGGCUUCCAUGAUGGGCUUUGGUGGUUUUGGAACUACCAAGAACCAGAAGGUCAAGGGUAAUAAUGUUGGGGCGGUGCGGAAGGAGAAGAAGACAGAGUAUCGCCAGUACAUGAACCGUGUCGGCGGUUUCAACAGGCCCCUCAGCCCGAGUCGCUGGAAGCAAUCGUUCCAUCUGGUCACCCUGAUUCGCAUUGCUAUCCUUUUGUCAUUGUUUGGUCAGGGGAAGAUUUCAUCCCCAGUCUUCAUCAAAAUGAGCGCCUCAAAAGCAAAAGACAAGGCAUCCACCGCUGAUGUGAGCAAGAAGGACAAGAAAGACAAGAAGGAGAAGAAAGCUUCCAAGACCAAGGAGGUCACUGCUGCUUCUGAGCCGGCUGAAGUCAUUGCGGAGACCGAGUCGGCCUCCAAGAAGGAGAAGAAGUCCAGGAAAUCGAGAGAUGACAGCAGCAGACAGGAUGCGAAACGCAAGCGUGAGGAGGAUAACGACGAUAUGGCAAAGAACAACGAUGAAAAGGCUGCUGAGGACGAGGUGAAGCCCUCCAAGAAACGCAAAUCGGAGGACAAGUCCAAGUCCAAUGACAAGGAUGAGAAGAAGGAGGAGAAGAAGACGAAGGACAAAAAGGACAAGAAGCGGAAGCAUGGCGAUCACUAUAGCGACGAAGAGGAGGAACAGAAGGACGAGCCAAUCGUCAAGGUCGCCAAGAUUGUAAAGGGGGAGGGCCUUGGAUCUAACAAGGCUGAGAAGGAGAAGAAAUCUAAGAAAGAUGCCAAGAAAUCCAAGGGCGAGAAGGAGAGCAGCGACAGCAGCGAGAAGAAGCACAAGGAGAAGAAGGAGAAGAAGGAGAAGAAAGACAAGAAGAGCAAGACUGAUAAGGAGGAGGAGGAGGAGGAGCCCGUUGUGGAGAAGGAAGAGAAGACUGAAAGCAAGAAGGAGUCCAAGAAGUCAAAGAAGGAAAAGAAGGAAAAGAAAGAAAAGAAGGAGAAGAAGAAGGGAGACGAGACCAAGGCUACAGAGGCCAAAGAAUCGACAGCUACUUUGGCCGCUACCACCACCACAAUCCCCAACCCCGCCGCAGUACUCGCAGCCAACUGGAACGUCAACGCGCUCGACGGUGGCGCAUCUCGCCAGUCCAAGAUGAUGAGGUUGCUCGGCGGCAAGAAGCUUGCUGCCGACGGUGCCGCCGCCGCUGCGGCAACGAAGAAGACGUUUGAUGUCAACCAAGUGUCUCAGGAGCUUGAGCAGCAGUUCAAGGCCGGCAUUCACCAGAAGUUCGAGACGGGUGGUCAGCGACGCGGUUUGGGUGCAUAA